AUGGCACUGUCGACGUUAAUAGAGACUGCGACCAGCAAUCCUAUUAGCUCCAUUGUCGGCUUUCUAGCAGGAUAUAUAUCCUGUGUAUGUACUUAUCGCAUACUCUUCCACCCUCUUUCAAAAGUCCCUGGACCUCGAGUCGCCGCAUGCACAUCGCUCUGGCUGGCUUACCAUGCGUACAUCGGUGAUGAAGCUACGGUCAUCUAUGAGCUCCACAAGAAGUAUGGACCUGUGCUGAGGAUAGGCCCAGAAGAUAUCGACAUCGCAGAAGGGGAUGCUAUUGAGACCGUCUAUCUCGACCGGGGUGGAUUCCAGAAGUCUCGUCCAUAUACGAAAUUCGAUAUAGAUGGCCACCCGACGAUCUUUUCGACUUUGACGAUGGAUGAGAGAGCAAAUCGGGCCAAGGCAGUGGUGCCGUUGUUCUCUACAACGUCUAUCAGGAAUUCGAACCAAGUCCUCUGUGGGGUCAUCGACGAAUUCGUUUCUCGACUUCAGAAAGAAGCGGCAACUGGCCAGCCAGUCAAUGUGUUGAACCUCACGCGAUCUAUGGCAGUUGAUGCAGUUUCAUCUUAUCUGUUCCAACAGAAUUAUGGCGGCAUCGCAGAAGGAGCCAGUGAGAUGUCUGCCUCUCAGUUUGUGGAUGCCUACGUGGGCGUUGGCGCUUUCUUCUAUUUCCCAGAGCCGAUCGCGGGUCUGGCAAUGAGGAUAUUCGAUAUGCUAACAUCCAACGAACAUACUGCCAAAUCGUUUCAAGUCGUCGAUAACUUUGUUCACAAGCUAGUAGCCUCCACGACUCCGGGAAGUGGCAGUUACCCAAGUCGUCUUCUAGAGAGAUCCAUUGGCGUACAGCAGACGAGAGUUGAAUGCAAAGACUUGAUAUUUGCGGGCUCUGAUAGCACAGGCAUGAAUAUGGCAACUAUAUUAUGGCACAACGAUGAAGAUCCCACUGCUGGUCCAUAUCUCAGAGGCGUCGUCAGGGAAGCCUUGCGUCUGUCGUGGGCAAACCCAACCAGACUACCGCGUCUGGUGCCAGAAGGGGGGUGGACAUACAAAGAAUUCCAUUUCCCUUGUGGCACAAACGUCGGGGUAAGUGCUUGGCAAGUCCACCAGGAAGAAGACAUCUUCCCGGAACCUCGCGAAUUCAGACCAGAGCGAUGGCUUAAUCCCAGUGACAAGAUGUUACGGAACUUCUUCGCCUUUGGGAAGGGAAACCGAACAUGCAUAGCGCAGAAUCUAGCAUUGACAGAGCUGAUGCUGGCGACGCAGAAAAUCGCCGAAACAGACGCUCUGCGGGGAGCCAAGGCGGUCCAGGAUAAAAUCGAGAUUUAUGAAUGGUUCAAUUCAAGGGUGAAAGGGGAGAAAAUCGAACUAAUCUGGGGAAAAAAAUGAGGUGGCCCAGGGGGUCUUAUCAAUAAUACUUAGUUGCUGAU